CGGUGUGAGCUGAGUCCCGGCAGGAAGAUGGUGUCGGUCCGGAUCAGGAUGCGGUCGUGCGUGUUUUCAGUUUUGCUGCUGAACUUUCUGUGCAGCUCCGUGUCUUCUCUGUAUUUUCACAUCGGGGAGACCGAGAAGAAAUGUUUCAUCGAAGAGAUUCCGGACGAGACGAUGAUCAUCGGAAACUAUCGCACUCAGCUGUACGACAAGCAGAGAGAAGAAUAUCUGCAGGCCACCCAGGGUCUGGGGAUGUAUGUGGAGGUCAAAGAUCCUGAUGAAAAGGUGAUUCUGUCUCGGCAGUACGGCUCUGAAGGUCGCUUCACCUUCACGUCUCACACUCCUGGAGAGCAUCAGAUCUGUCUGCACUCCAACUCCUCCAAGUUCUCGCUGUUCGCCGGCGGCAUGUUGAGGGUUCACCUGGACAUCCAGGUAGGAGAACACGCCAACAACUACGCUGAGAUCGCCGCCAAAGACAAACUGACAGAGCUGCAGCUGAGAGUCCGACAGCUGGUGGAGCAGGUGGACCAGAUCCAGAAGGAGCAGAACUACCAGAGGUACCGGGAGGAGCGUUUCCGUCAGACCAGUGAGUCCACCAACCAGAGGGUCCUGUGGUGGUCCAUCGUCCAGACCCUCAUCCUGGUGGCCAUCGGCAUCUGGCAGAUGAGGCACCUCAAGAGCUUCUUCGAGGCCAAGAAACUGGUGUAGACGCUCCCAGUGUGAGAGUGUGUGUCUGUGCUUGUGUGUCUGUAUGAGUGGGUGUGUGUUUGGUCUCUACUGAUGGAUGCAGUACUGAGUGGCUUUCAGGGGAGAAACUGCCGAGGAGAAUCCAGCCACAAAGACACACAAAAUAACCAUAAAAACACACAACAUAACCACAAAGACACACAAAAUGACAACAUUGAGACACAUAAUGACCACAAAGACACACAAAAUAAUGACAAGGACAUGCAAAGUGACCGAAAAGAUACACAAAAUGACUACGAAGAUGCACAAAGUGACCACAAAGACACAUAAAGUGACACAAAACGACCACAUAGAUACACAAAGUGACAACAGAGACACAAAAUGACCACAAAGACUCAAAAAAUGACAACAAUGAGACACAAAAUGACCACAAACGCACACAAAACGCCUCUGUGCUUCACUGUCAGGACUAUGCAUUUACUGUGGUAGUCCUGGUGUGUCUUUGGUCAUUUUGUGUGUCUUUUGGGUCACUUUGUGUGUCUUUGUGGUUCAUUUUUGUGUCCUUGUGGUCACUUUGUGUGUCCUUGUCAUUAUUUUGUGUGUCUUUGUGGUCAUUUUGUAUCUGUCCGUGAUCACUUUGUGUGUCUUUGCAGUCACUUUGCGUGUCUUUGUAGUCACUUUGCGUGUCUUUGUGGUCACUUUGCGUGUCUUUGUGGUCACUGCGUGUCUUUGUGGUCACUUUGCGUGUCUUUGUAGUCACUUUGCGUGUCUUUGUGGUCACUUUGCGUGUCUUUGUGGUCACUGCGUGUCUUUGUGGUCACUUUGUGUGUCUUUGUAGUCACUUUGUGUGUCUUUGUGGCCUCUGAUGGAUGCAGUACUGAGCGGUUGUCGGACUAGGAUGCAGCUGCAGCAUUUGGUUUGAAAACAACACGCUUGUUGUUGUUGUUGUUGUUGUUUUGUCAGCAGCCCCUCCCGUCUCCAGCGUCAGGGAUCAUGUGUAUUUAUUACCGGCUGUGUUUUUGUCGUUACCGGCCGCUAGAGAUGCUGUCGGAGGAAACUAAAGUAGGGUUUACGGGCUGUCCAAGAAUUCUGCCGCUCGUUUUUUCUGCUGCAGAUGAACUGAAUAAAAGUGAAGUGUAGUCGCUGAUUAUCGAGGUUUCACACUUUUAUUUAAACACCAAAACUUAGAGUUCGAGGCAAAAAAGAGCUGAAACUAUCUAAGGAAUCUGCAGAUAUUCCAGUUAUCUGUUAAAAAUUUUGGGUUUUUUUUAAGCAAACUGUGAAAAGCCGACAUUUCUUCAGAUUUAUUUGUCUAAAAAGAGGAAAUUUGCUGAUUUUCUUUGUACUGUAAAUUAAAUAUUUCAGAUUUCAGACUUUUUUGUUUAACAAAACACAAAAUUUAAAGAAGAUUCUGGCAGAUUUUUGAUGUUUAUUUUUUUAGAUGAAGCAAUCAGCACAUCCAAAUCUGCAAUUACUACAAAUUAUAUCAUAGUUUUAGUUGUUUUUCAAGCAAAAAUAGUGAAGAACACAGAUUUUCUUUAUUAUACAGUCAGAAUAAAUAGAAUAUUUCAGGUUUUCACAGUUUUGUUUGACUAAAACGCAAAAUUUAAAUAAGAAAAACAGUGUAAAAGGCCUAAUUCAAGCAGAAUUCUGUCUAAAAGAGACAUUUUUCUUUAUUAUACAGUCAGAAUAAAUGGAAUAUUCAGGUUUUCAGACUUUUUUUAACACAAAAUUCAAAGAAGAUUUCAGCAGAUUUUUGACGGUUUUUGUUAGCCGAAACAAUCAGUCCAAAUAAUCUGCAAUUAUUACAAAUUCUAGUGUAGCUUUAGUUGUUUUUCAAGCACAAUAGUGAAGAACACAGAUUUCUGUGUAAAAAGAGACAUUUUCUUCUUUAUUAUACAGUCAGUAAAUGGAAUAUUUCAGGUUUUCAGAGUUUUGUUUAAGCACAAAAUUUAAAGAAGAUUUCAGCGGAUUUUUAAUGUUUUUUUAGACAAAACAACCAACAAAUCCAAAUAAUCUGCAAUUAUUUAAAAUAAAUAUACAAUUUCUGCCAUUUCUGAAUUAAACUAGUGAGAAAAACACCAAAAAGAGAAAAUGUUCUUUUUUCUUUAUCAUUGUAAAUCAUUUCUAAAUGUUUUCUAAUCAUUUUUAUUGACUCAAACUGCGACUCUUCAUCUCAGAAACAUCAUUGUUUUUUCUCAGAUGCAGUUCGACUCAAACCUUUUCUUCGCUCCAGUAAAAUCUGAAAAGACGAUUUUCUAUUUGUCGCUGCGUUCGAGUGAAUCUGAAUGUACUUCUUGUCGAUCUGAAGAGGAAAAACAUACAUUUAAUGAACCUGAAAAGCCAUUUUCAACUCCUCUGAUAGAUUCUUCACAACAAAAAGCUGCAGAAAUGUGAGAAACAAACACCUGAAAGCAGAUUUAAAGACGCUGUGCAGAUCAUCUGAGUUUUCCCUCCUCGGUUAUGGAGAUUUAGUUUCUGUUUUUAAAAUAAUCUGUUUUGUUGCUGGUAGCUUUCAGUUUUCUGAAAACGUAGAAUUGAAGUCAGUCUAAAGUUGCACUGGGAUCGAGUUUCUUCUGGUUUGUGUGGGUGACGGACCGAGUUUCCUUUAUUCUUGUAAUAUUUCUCAGCUUAUAAAGUCACUUUGAUGAGUUUUUAUACGCUGUAACUAUGUUGUAUUUUCAGAGGGAAAGAAAAGUAUUUGAAACAUAAAUUUGAGAGAAAUGUGACGACAAAAUAUAAUAAAACCCAAACAAACACAACAAA